AUGGCACCUCCGCAUCCAUUUGAUCCCCUCACUCUGGGGGAGAUCGCCAAGGCCGCGGUCAUAGUGCGCAAGGAGCUUGAUGGGAAAGAUCCCAAUUUUCGCGUAAUCACCCUCCAGGAGCCGCCCAAGCAGGAAAUGAUCUCGUUUCUUGAGGGAGAACUUCGUGGACAGAGUCAUAAAAGACCAGCUCGAGCUGCGCGCGUCCAAGUUACCAUUCGAGGCAAUUCAAAGCCAAAUGAGAUGGUAGAGCUCACCAUUGAUCUAACUACUGGGUCUGUCAUCAAGAAAGAGCAUCUUGUUGGGAAGCACCCAUAUAUCGACUCUGCGUAUAUGCAAGCUGCCGAGAAAGCAUGCAGGGCGGAUCCGAGAAUUGAAACGGAGAUUCAGAACUUGAAGCUUCCAAAGGGUGCCCAGGUUGUGGUCGAACCAUGGGCUUAUGCGACUGAUGGCAUGAAUAAUGUGUCUGAACGUACCACAAUGUGCUGGUUCUAUUUGCGCCUCCUCGACCAUGCGGAUGCUAAUUACUACGCAUACCCACUCGAUCUAUGUGCCGAGGUAUCUGAACAACUGCAAGUCACCAAGAUUUAUCAUCUACCUUCGUCUGAAGACGAGCGUAUCCGUGAAGAUGCACGGCUGUAUGACCACAGCAAGGCACACUCGCCUGAGCUCAGCGAGUACCAUCCUGAUUUGCGGCCUCCACCGCGCACAACCACGAAGCCAUAUCAAGUGGUUCAGCCGGAAGGGCCUUCGUUCCAAGUGGAUGGUAACCUGCUUAGCUGGGAGAAGUGGACCAUGCGCGUGGGGUUCAAUUAUCGCGAAGGCCUUACCUUGCAUGAUAUCAGGUACGAUGGCCGAAGCCUCUUCUAUCGUCUGUCGCUGUCGGAGAUGUUCGUUCCAUAUGGCGAUCCCCGAACGCCGUAUCCCCGCAAAGGAGCUUUUGACCUUGGAAAUGACGGUGCUGGAAUCAACGCGAAUAACCUGCGCCUUGGCUGUGACUGCCUAGGUACGAUCAAAUACUUUGACGGCUGGCAUAACACUGCCUCGGGUGAGCCUCUCAAGCUUCCCAAUGUGGUGUGCUGCCAUGAGCAGGAUGAUGGCAUCCUUUGGAAGCAUACCAACCACCGAACACAAAAUGCCGUCGUAACUCGCUCACGGAUCUUGGUACUGCAGACAAUCAUCACUGUCAGCAACUACGAGUACAUCUUCGCCUUCCACUUUGGCCAGGACGCAUCAAUCCACUAUGAAGUGCGUGCAACCGGAAUCCUGUCAACCUGCCCGAUCAACAACGGCGACAAAGUAGGCUAUGGCACGGUCGUGGCACCCGGCGUACUCGCUCCUUACCACCAGCACCUCUUUUCUCUCCGCAUCGACCCAGCAAUCGACGGAUACGCCAACUCGCUGCAAGUUGAGGAGUCGCACCCCAUGCCUAUCAACGAUCCAAAUGUGCACAACCCCCUCGGCGUGGGCUAUACGACAAAGUCGCAGAUCAUCACCGAAGAAGGCGGACACGACCUCGACUUUGUAAGCAAUCGAACUUUCAAAAUCAUCAAUGAGAAACAGAUUAAUCCAAUCACUGGAACACCUGUGGGCUUCAAGUUACUCCCGUGCUAUAGCCAGAUGCUGCUAGCCCAUCCACAAUCCUACCACGCACGACGCUCCGAGUUUGGAAGCCAUGCAGUCUGGGUGACUCGGUAUCAAGAUGAUGAGCUCUUCCCAUCAGGCCGGCACACGAUGCAGUCCCUUGGUGGGGAAGGUAUUAGUUCGGUGAUUGAGCAGCGCAAAAGCGACCCUGCUGCGUCGAGUGUCCGUAAUGAAGAUAUUGUGAUCUGGCACACGUUUGGAUCGACUCAUAACCCACGCAUUGAAGAUUGGCCCGUCAUGCCUUCGGAGAAGAUGGUGGUGGGCCUGAAACCAGUCAAUUUUUUCACAGGCAAUCCUGGUUUGGAUGUUGCGGUAUCGACGCAGGAGAAGAAUGAGAGUGUUUUGGUUGAUGAUGGGGCUGGAUGCAAGGCAGGCAUUUGUCCGCGCUUGUAA